AGUAUGCCAACAACACUUUUGAAUAAUCGACUGAACUUUGAUUUCUCUUUUUGGGUUCGAAUAAACUUCGAAAUUUUCAUAGCAACUUAUUUGUGCAUAGCGCAUUUAACAAAAAGGUUUAGUGGAAUUUAUAGAAAUUGCGGUUGACAGUGAAUGUAACUUGACCAAUAUUUGCAUUCCGUAUAUCAAUAAGACUGGUAUAUUAAUUUGCAUAAUGGAUAUUGAAAUAUUGUCAACAACUGGCACCAAAUCUUUUGGAAGAUGUCAAGUUCCGGCCAAUACUACUGUUGGGGACUUACGUUAUAUCAUACAUAAACAAUACCGUAGCACACCGGCACCGGAGCGACAGUCCUUACGAUUGGAGCCGCGUGGCAAAGCUCUGAAGGAAACGGAUACAUUGGAGGCGGCUAAUUUAGGAAAGUCGAGCAAGAUCUACAUUAAAGAUCUCGGUCCACAAAUUGGAUGGAAGACUGUAUUUUUAGCUGAGUACGCUGGUCCGCUUUUUGUAUAUCUUAUCUUCUAUGGACGCCCAAGUUUCAUCUAUGGUGAAGCAGCAGAUACACCAAUUUCAUUAACAGCACAUAUCGCUGCUGGCUGCUACAUUGUACAUUAUGUGAAACGAAUUUUGGAGACUAUUUUUGUACAUCGUUUCUCGCAUGCUACUAUGCCCAUUCGUAAUCUGUUCAAAAAUUGCAGCUACUAUUGGGGAUUCACCGCAUAUGUUUCCUACCACGUUAAUCACCCAUUGUUCACCAGCCCUUGUUGUCUUCAAGUCUGGGGUUCUUUAGCUGCUUUCGCGAUAUGCGAAUUAGGCAACUUUUCAGUACACAUUGCUCUUCGCAACUUGCGUCCUCCCGGCACAAAGGUGCGCCGAAUUCCAGUACCUGAUAGCAAUCCCUUCACAAAAUUAUUCAAUAUGGUCUCCUGUCCGAACUACACAUAUGAGAUUGGUUCUUGGGUAGCAUUCUCUGUAAUGACGCAAUGUCUACCAGCAUUGCUUUUUGCAUUUGCUGGCGCUUAUCAAAUGACGAUUUGGGCCUUGGGAAAACACCGCAACUACAAAAAGGAGUUUAAAGACUACCCCAGAGGUCGUCGUGCCAUCUUUCCGUUUGUGCUUUAAAUUCCUGACAGUAAAGAUUAUUGCAAAUUUUAAAAUUAUGUUAUGAUAACAUAAAACAUUUCCAUUGCAAUAUACUUAUUGCAUUCAAUUUUCUAUAUAACAUUUGAACAAACUAAUAUUUAAUUGUCGAAGGUGUUAGAUUUAUUCUCCCGGUGUAGUCGGUGUAUAUUCAUACAAGCAAAUAAGUAUGUCAUACAUGUGCGUAAUCAAUUGAUAACAACUAAUAAAAUGUAGCGGUUUUGUGAAAGAAAGUUGUUUGAUAUUUUAAAUGCCACCGCAUGACAAUUGAAGUCGGAUUUCUGAUUGCGAUUGAUGAUAAGAAUCAUUGCUAUAAAUAAAAUGUUUCUCAAAUAUUCUGGAUUCUGUAUUCAUAGCAACAUGUUAUGCUUCUUCACAUAUAUGCUCUUGAAUACACAUUUGUGGCUCUUAACAUAUUUUAUUAUUGUUACCAUUUAAUGUUACUUGUUGUCAUAAUAUAUAAUCAAUAUACAACAAUUUAUAUUGCACCACUGUGCAUAGCUGUCAAAUUAUCAAAACAUAUGGGUUUGAAGAAGUGAUGGGACGGUACCACAAAGUUAUCGAUAAGUCAAUAGAGCAAGUUUUUGAUUUGCUGAUACAACUAUUCAAAGUUACCUGUUUUAAAAAAUUCCUCCUGAGAAGAGGAAACGUAUCGUAAAAUGUUAACUAAUAUUUUUUACUGAAGCAGCAAUACGUUAUAUAUAGGUUGAUUUUUCUACAAAUUGUCAAUGUAAUUCAAUUGAAUUCAAUUCGAUACAACAAAAACAUCUGACCAUACAAUUCUUGCAUGCUUUACAGCAACAAUUUGCACAGCAAAAAAAAAAAAAUUAAAAUAAGCUUUUCAGAUUUGUUAUGAAAAGGAGCGCAGUAGAAAUGGAGCGUCUGACAUAUGAAACUGCCGUGAAAAAAGCGCAGUUGGUUGAACGGAACCCUCAUCCAAAUGGCGUGAAUAUAUUGGAUCCAUUGCGUGUGUCUAUGCAUAAUGAGGAAGACAUCAUUUCACUGGCAACGCAAAUACAAAAUGCGGAUAAGCAGUUGAAAGUUGGAACAUGCCAGAAGCUUUGUGUGAUACUAGAUCAGGUGAGAUCGACAGAUUUGCUUAUAGUGAAACACUUCUUCUACAUUUAUAUGUUCAAGAUUAAAAUGCUGCAAGCGCAAGCCAUGGAAAUACUAAAGGAGUCCGAAGAGAAUCAAUUAUUGCACAAUGCCGCUUGUAACUUCACAAAGAAACCCGGCCAUGUUUAUCAUCUUUAUCAACGUCAAUCCGGCCAGAGCUAUUUCAGUAUGCUUUCGCCAGAAGAAUGGAGCGGCAGUGUCGAUCAGAAAUAUCUUGGCAGCUACAGAUUAGAAUUUGAUUUAUCAUGGACAUCGUUGGAUAAAAUGAAGGAGCGUGAUGAGAAGAUGAAGUGGGCUGAGAAAUGUUUGGCAACAACCUCAUUAGCUGCAGCUCCAAUACCAAUGGCCAUUGAUUUUGGUAAUGAUAAAUAAACAACUAAGUGCUUUAGAAAAAUUUGGUGUGUAAUAAAAAUUCUAACUCUAAGCUUGAAAA